AACAAAGAGCGACCCAACCACAUAAUUUAUUUUAUGGCAAAUGUAUUAUUCAGGAGCCCCACUGUAAUUUAUUCAUGUUCCACAUUGCCUUAUUACAGUUUAAACAUCUGUUAUUUUGGUUUAUGGACUGAUGCCAGUGUGUGGGUCGCUCUUUAUACUUAAUGGUUUCAUCAAAGGGACAAGCGAUGUCUUCCCGCUGCACUGGAAUUAAAUAUCCUCUAUUUAACAAUGUUGUACAGGACUAAAAUAGAGUCAUGCUCUUCCUGAAACUUGUGGUCGUUUUUCUACCUUUCUCUUUCUUCUUCUUCCUCCAUUUCAUCUCUCUUCACAGGCACUAACAGGAAAAGAAGCCCGUCUUCACAGAACAAAGACGAGAUCUUUUGUUUUAAUAAUAUUUUCCCUCCUUCUCGCACACAAACCAUUCCUCUUUUCAUUUCUUCUUGAGAUUCUCGUGAGCCGUGCUGCGAUGCAUGUGAAUGCAUACAAACGAUUCGAACUUCUGUCUAUUGAUGUUGUAACCCUUCAUUCACUUCCUUCAGUUCCCCCACAGGCUCCGGUGAUCAUGGGAUUAGAAAAUGAAGAGGUCAAAGCUGGUUCCUUUCUCAGGGUGGUGUGCAUGUCAUACGGGGGCAACCCACUGGCCACUUUGCAUUGGACUAAGAACGGAGAAGUCCUGUCCACUAGCUGGGAGGUGGACGUUGUGUCACGUCGGUCCAGUAGUGUGUUGAAAAUGGAGGUGAAGCCAGAGGACAAUCAUGCUGUGCUGCGGUGCGAGAGCGUCAACCAAGUGUCUCGUUCACCAAUGUCCUUCACUCGCACUCUGAGCGUCCUUUUUGAGCCAGCCGAGGUAACGUUACAGGGCUCCUUUGAAGCCAUAGAGGGACAGGAGAUCAAUCUGCUCUGUUACACUUCCUCUAGUAAUCCUCCGGUCCACAUCCGCUGGUGGCUCGGGUUCAGGGAGCUCAACAAUACAGAUGUUACCAUCUCUGAGGGGGAUAAUGGUGGGAUGAUGACGAUGUCUAACUUGACGCAUAAAGUGUCACGUGAGGACAACGGUCUUUCUCUCACUUGUGAGGCGUUCAACAAAGGCACCCGCUUCUCUAGCGUUCGGUCUGAAGAGCUCAUUGUUUACUAUCCUCCUCAGAAGGUGUGGUUAGAUGCUCCUCCACCAAACGUCUUCUUACACUCUGGGACAGCUCUUCGUUUGGUCUGUUUCUCCAGUGGUGGCAAUCCCACAGGUCAGCUGGUCUGGUUGAAGAACAAUAAAGUCCUGCAGAGCGCAUCGAGGCAGGUGUCCUCAGAGCGUGGUGUGUCACGAGAGCUGCUUCUCACCCUCCAGCCCAGUGACAAUCUGGCCACCUACCGCUGCGACUCCUCCAACAAAGCCAAGAAAGUUCUGUCCGCCCAGACCAAACUCAGGGUUCUGUUUCCGGCAGUGAGCGUGAAGGUCGUGGCCAAGCAGCAGGAGCUGCGCAGGGGUCAGACGCUGGACCUGGACUGCCUGGCCGGAAGCAGCAAUCCCACUGCAAAUAUCAGCUGGAGUUUGGGCCCCGUCAUGCUGAAGGGAGUUGACCAGGCUCCUAAAAAGGCUGAAUUUGGUGGAAUGUCCCGAACCAGUAAGCUGUCCCUCACUCUUGAGUCCCAUCACUGGAAGAAAAGGAUCACCUGUCAGGCCUUCAGUAACGUGCUGUCCGAGGGUGUCAACAACUUCUACACUCUCAAUGUGCUCUUUCCUCCGGAGUUUUCGGAUGAGCAGCCCGAUCAAGUCAAGGUCACUGAGGAUGAAACCGCCGAGCUUCCUGUCAAAGUCUCCGCCAAUCCAGAUGAAAUCACCUGCGAGUGGAUUUUUCAGGGCGAGAAGCUUGUGAAAGAAAGAGAUCCUCGUUAUCACUUCGAUGACUGGACCCUGGAAAUCGUGAAUGUUUCUCGGCAAGACGGAGGCGAAUACAUCAUAGAGUGUUCCAACGCUGAGGGGAAGAACCGCACAAAGCUCAAGCUGGAUGUACAGUAUGCCCCUACUGUUCGUAUGAAGUCUGAUCCUGUUUAUGUGAACUUGGGAGACACUGCUGACUUACUGUGUAUCGCUGAUGCCAACCCCAUCACCUACAGUAUGUUCUCCUGGAAGUGGAUGGGUGAAGGGGAAGUCGAUGAUCUGGGAGAAGAGAGUGAAGAUGAAGGCACUGGUUUGUUAACUAUUUAUGAGGUUACCCGUGACCGGGCAGGUUUUUACAAGUGUACAGCAGACAACGGUGUAGCGCCUCCUGGCAGUGUGGAAGGACAGCUCAUCGUACGCUUUGCUCCAGAGCUUCAGAAGGGGCCGCAGUGGAGGAAGGUGGCCAGCCGGGGGGACGGCAGCAGCGAUGCAAAUGUGGUUUGCCAGGCACAAGGCGUUCCUCGUGUCCACUUCACCUGGGCAAAAAAUGGAUUCCCUUUAGACCUCGGCAACCCCAGGUACGAGGAAAAGAUGGAGGUGACAGGGACCGUCCACACCAGCAUUCUGACUGUCAUAAACGUGAGCGCAGCGCUGGACUAUGCCAUCUUCACCUGCACCGCCCAAAACAGCAUGGGAGUGGACUCUCUAGACAUCCAGCUCCUCAGCACCAACCACCCCGAUCCCCCAUCAGACCUGAAGCUGCUCCGUGUCGACCAUAACUCUGUAACUCUGGAAUGGAUGCCUGGAUUUGACGGUGGUUUGACACAGAACUUCCGUGUCAGGUACCAGUGGCCGGGAUCAGCGAGUUUCAUGUAUGUGGACGUGUUUCCUCCGACAGCUACUGUGUAUACAGUCACAGGCCUCAACCCUUCCACUACGUACAACCUUUCAGUCAACGCUAUCAAUACAAUGGGAGAGAGCAGCUAUGCAGACAACAACAAAAUCCUGAGCGUCACCACUGCCGAUGCAGAGGAAGCAGAUGACGGGGUCUCCCCAGCAGACCAGGACUCAGCUCUUGCAGGUCAUGGUCUUCCUGUCUAUGUGGUGGUGAUCCUGGUUGUGGGCGGUCUUCUGUUGUUCCUAAACCCUCUGAGCUACUUUCUAUUCACCAAAUGGAAAAGAGGGCGGAGCCUGAAAGAGGACACCAGGAGCAUUUCACAGGAGACUAAAAGUGAAGAGGAGAGGUCCACAGUGAGCGGCUCAACCCGCUAUGCGAGCAGAGAGCUCAUCAACGCCUCGGCACAGCGAACGCUCCUCAUUGACAGCAGCUCCGAGCCUGACAGCAGCGUCUAUGAGAGCUACGGACGGCAGGAGAGUUCUCAUUAUUACUACCCAACUGAGGCCUACAGUCCUGCUCUGUUUACUCAUCCUGAAGGGCCUGAGGAUCAACAUGGCAGACACGGCAUAAACCCUUUCACUCAUGACUAUGAGGAGGUGAGAGGCUGGGGGACCUAUGAGGACCUGCAGAGCUACUCACUGCUGCCCCCUGCUGCCCAAUUUCAUUCACGAGCACCAGUAUCCACCUCCUAUGAGGGAAGGGUAUAUGGUAAAGCUGAUGUGGACGUAACAGCAGGAGUUUAUGAUUCUACGGUGUACAGACGCAGGAGAGACACAGACUUGCCGUUUGAGCUCAGAGGGGAGCUGGUUUAAUAAUAGUGAGGCUGGUGUGUGCUGUGGUCUAGACCAGCUCUACCCUGAGACCAGUUUGGGUUUAUGAGUUGAUAAAACAUUUCCUCUUUUACUUUUCCUGUUAUUUGUCUAAAAUAUGUUGACUGUUCUCUUUUUGCAGUUUAAGUUCAUCAUCAAUGUUUAAAUUGUUAAAUAAAUAUUACAUUUUGUUUUUAA